AUGUCGUACUCAUUCCUCUCCGAGACAGGUGUUCUCGCCCUCUCCAUCAUUCUCAUCACCCUCUCGACUAUACGUUGGUUCGGACUCCUUAUACAUCACCGCGGCCGCAUGGCAUAUCGCUUUACUCCCCGCCGUGGAUUCUUCUACAACAUCUUCCAGACAGACGUCGCUGUUAUUCUCCCUGUCGUCAACCACCGGAGCGAAAACUUCAUCCCAACUAUCAGAAGCAUCCUGGAGAAUACCCCUGGACAACUCUAUGUCAUGGUUGUCGGCAAAGAGGCCUACGACGAAGUCAUGCCUCAAAUGGAGAUUCUUAGACAAGAGUAUCGAUUCUCUCAAAUUCACGUCGGUGCGGUGCACGAAGCUAACAAGCGUCGUCAGAUUGCUCACGCUUUGAGUACUCUCGACCAUGGAAUUUCUAGGUUGACUGUGUUUACUGAGCAGGGCACAUACUGGCCUACGAAAUUCCUCAUCUCCGCCAUUCGUCCAUUUGAUGAUCUCGAACUCGCUGCCAUCACUGUACCUAGGAUGGCGCACGUCCCAGCCUUAGGCGGUAUCUGGGCAAACAUCAAGGCGCACCUCUUUUCCUUCCACUACAGUGUUCAGGCUGAGGACAAUCGCGCUGUCAACAGCCUGGAUGGCUCUGCCCUAUUUGGUGGCCCUACAACUCUGGUGCUAACUCAACACCUGAAAGAGGACAGAUUCAAGAAUGAAUUCGAAAAGGAGAAAUGGUUCUUUGAACGGCCUGGCCCCCUCAGUGGCGGCGAGCAUUUCUACCUGAAUCGUUAUCUCCUGGAAGGCAAUAAGAAGACUCUCUUCCUGGACAGCCCCAAGGUGACGGUUUCGGUAGAGAUGAACUCUGUCGGUGAGUUUAUCGGCGAGUUUCUUCGCACUAUUCGGAACAAUUGGCGAACUUGCUUCUCCAUGGCUCCCCAUUGUGCUUGGUUGCGUAUUCGCUGGGGACACGUUAUCUUCCCAGCUGCUGCUCGUAUGACCUGGUGGCCGACCAUCUUCUUCCCCGUUACUCUACUGAUCGAUAUCUUCAGUAUUAUACUCGCCUUCAACUACAGUAACCUCAACACGACAGCCUUGACUGUAUGGAUCGUCAUUACUACCUUGGUGAUCGGCACGCAGGCUAUCUCGAACCUGCUUGUGGCUAGACGCAUGCACGGCAACAAAUCCAACGUCUUUGUCACACUACUUUGUGUGCUGGUAAGUCUGCCUUUUCAGCAUACUCUCGAGGUUCUCAAAGUCAUGGCUAUGUUGACCUAUUGGAAGACAGACGUUGAGUGCACCCAGCAGGACGUCAAUGUACCAAGGGGAAGGAGUAUGCCUUGGAACUGGGGCUACUGGGAUGAUAUGGGGUUAGUCCGCACUGAGAUACGCCUAUAG